GUUGUUUAUAAGAAUAACGACAUUCGUCUGGAGCUGUCUCGCUUGGCACGGAUUGGUGAUACUAAGAUGAAGAUCUACGGGGAAGUGAAAUUUGUAUGUGAGAAUGUGGCUACACUGGAUCCCAUCAGCUUUGAGACACCUGAGGCCUAUAUUAGUCUGCCUAAAUGGAAUACCAAAAGGAUGGGCUCCAUUUCAUUUGACUUCCGAACCACUGAACCCAAUGGACUGAUCCUUUUCACACAUGGCAAGCCUCAGGAGAGGAAAGAUGCCAGGAGCCAGAAAAAUACAAAGGUAGACUUCUUUGCAGUUGAGCUUCUAGAUGGGAACCUCUACUUGCUGCUGGACAUGGGCUCUGGGACCAUUAAAGUCAAGGCCACUCAGAAGAAAGCCAAUGAUGGAGAGUGGUAUCAUGUGGAUAUUCAACGAGAUGGAAGAUCAGGUACUAUUUCGGUGAACAGCAGGCGCACCCCGUUCACCGCCAGCGGGGAGAGUGAGAUCCUAGAUCUGGAAGGCGACAUGUACCUCGGCGGGCUGCCCGAGAACCGGGCGGGGCUGAUCCUGCCCACGGAGCUGUGGACAGCAAUGCUGAACUACGGCUACGUCGGCUGCAUCCGAGACCUCUUCAUCGACGGGAGGAGCAAGAACAUCCGGCAGCUGGCGGAGGCGCAGAACGCGGCGGGAGUCAAGUCCUCCUGCUCCCGCCUGGGCACCAAGCAGUGCGACAGCUACCCCUGCAAGAACAAUGCCCUCUGCAAGGACGGCUGGAACCGCUUCGUCUGUGACUGUACUGGAACUGGCUACUGGGGCAGGACGUGUGAGCGAGAGGCCUCUAUCUUGAGCUAUGAUGGCAGCAUGUACAUGAAGAUCAUCAUGCCUAUGGUCAUGCAUACAGAAGCAGAAGAUGUGUCCUUCCGUUUCAUGUCCCAGCGUGCUUAUGGGCUGUUGAUGGCAACCACCUCACGAGACUCUGCUGACACUCUGCGCCUGGAGCUGGACGGAGGCCGUGUCAAACUUAUGGUCAAUUUAGACUGUAUCAGGAUAAACUGUAACGCCAGUUUCUAUACAUACCAAAGAUUCAUCUGGAUCCCUGAAGAUCCCUUUCAGCCUGUAGAAGUAGGGAAGAAGGCUUAUAAAAUCUCUGUGAAAAAUAGUAGUGAGAGAUUCCAUUCUGGACUGAUGGAGCAAACAAAAUAUUUUCUGUUCUACCUCAAAGAACUGGUCAAAGUUGAUGUAGGCCUUAAGUAA